AUGGCGCUGUUUGGGCUAGUGUGGCUGCUCCGAGUGCGCGGAUCUUUAUGUGGGUGCACAGCUUGCAAACGUGCCAGGCUGGAAACUCAAGAUGUGCAGUGCAGGAGAGCUUCGAGGAUCUCCAGUACCCCAUGUCUGGAGGAGCAUGCGACAGGAACAGAGUGCGCACCCAGCCCUGAUGAACGUGCCCCUUUUGAUGUUAUUGCACUUCAGCAGUAUACACGCGAUGCUACUGUGCAGACGGACUUUGAUGAUGACGAAUUAGAAGACUUAGACAAAAUCGAACUGCAAAUUAAGGAAGAAUCGAACGUGAGCAACUACGAAAGCGGGCGUGAACAAUUGACAUUAAGUCCGGAAACGGAGCAAAUAGUCACAGGAAGUUACCAGUAUCUAAUGCAACACAGUACAUCGAAUCCCGAUGAUGUUUGGGAAACGACAGAUGUGACAUUAGAGCGGGCUGCGGGCGGUCUGGGUCUCAGUAUAGCCGGCAGCGAGAGUGGUGGUGACAUCAGCAUAACUAGAAUAGCACCUAAUGGCGCAGCUAAAAGCGAUGGUAGACUUCAAACUGGAGAUAUUCUCUUACAGGUCAACGAUAUCUCCGUGGAAGGUGCCCCACAUUCUGUUGCCGUUGACGCAUUACAAAAGGCUGGGAAUAUUGUGAGAUUAAGAGUUAGACGAGCCCGCAGACCAAUGGUCGUGACACUCAGUCGAGGGGCACGUGGGUUAGGGUUAGGGAUAGCUGGAGGCGCGGAUGAUGCAGCAGGUGGCGAAGGCAUUUUUAUAUCACACAUCGCAGUGGGAGGCGCUGCCCAUCACGAUGGUAGACUUAAACUAGGAGAUAAAAUUUUAGCUGUUAGAGAUUUGAAUGGAAUUGAAACACCAUUGAUAGGAGUUACGCACGCUAUGGCUGUGGCGGCAUUGCGUAGUACAGGCGACCACGUGACGCUAGUAGUUCUCCCGGCAGCUGGCUCUAUUCCACCUGUAGCCCGCACUGCACCAUUAUACUCCACAAGAACCCAGGCCACAUCGUGCUCGACGCUUCACGACCUUUCAGAAGAGGAGCUCAAUAAAAUACCAAGAUGUGUACGCAUGGUGCGCCUAGUGCGAACGGGCUCGAGGCUAGGGAUGGAUAUCGUUGGGGGGUUGGGAGGUGAGGUGGAAGGGAGCAACGGGGUAGAAGAUACUUGUGGGGUGUUCGUAUCUGGCGUGUCAACUGAAGGGGCAGCAUAUGGAUUGUUACACAGGGGUGACAGAAUACUCAGUGUGGAUGGAAGAGAUCUCGCCCGAGCGACACAUGAACAAGCUGCGGCGGCUUUAAAGUAUUCUGGCGGCGCUGUGACAAUAGCUGCCCAGUACCAGCCUGAGCUCUACGAACGUCUACGAGCUAGGAUUCGAGCGAUAAAUGCGGCGGCAAUGUCUCCUCACACUCAUGCACGCAUAUCUACUCACAUACCCGUUCGUCCUGACGUCCAUGCCAUAUAUCCAAGG